AUGAGCAGCAGAUCCAAUGUGAAAACAAAAGAUCGCACACGGAAAAAGAGGGAAGGAACUCCAGAAAAGUCGGCCACACCCUCGCAGGAACAGGAUGAAGCCUCAACCUCAUCAAAAGAUGUCAUCUGGAAUGAAGAGAUUGAAAAAUUACAGAUUAAAUCAGAGGAACUGCCAAAAAUAUGGCCUCCACGUCCACCAUCUACAGAGAAGACAUUUAUGAGAGUGCUGGUCCAGAAAACCAGGAAUGUGACACCUGUGGAAAAACGCAAACCUUUAGAUUCCACUGUUAACAAGCAGGCAGAACAUGGCAGCCCCAGGUGGCAGAUAGAUUAUUCAGAAUAUAUCGGACCACAGUACACAGAAUCAGGGGAUGUGAUUCCUUAUUCAAUUUUGGGAACAUACGAAGAUUUUUACAGGGAAGCCACUAGGAGAGGAGUUAAUAUGCCAAGACCCCAAGGAGACUUGGAAAAUGUAGGAACUCCAACAGUGAAGUAUGAAAAGAAAAGACACAAACAUCCAAGAGACACUGAAUCCAAUUCUAUAAGAAACUGGUACAAUAAAAUGAUGGAGAGAAAGAACCAGCAGGGAUAUAUUUCAAAACUGCUUCAGAAAGCUCCAGAAAAUCUGGCAAUGAAUCAGUCUGACAACUAUCGGACUAUCCAGGAGCAAAGAUAUUUGAUUGAUCGAACAAUUUCAAAAGUAGAUUAUGGAAAAGGAUAUCGAAUCGGGAGUGAGUUCUGGUUUCAACAAGAGCAACUUGGAGAUGAUCUCAAAGGUCUACAUAUGACCUUGACGCAGACUCAGAAAGGUUAUCCACACCCAAUAGAACAUGUGGGACUCUCCAAGAUUGUGAAGAAAGAAAAAGGCUGUGACUGGUCAGGAAAAGAGAAUGUUUACGUCAGCUACCCCUGGCAUAAGUCUGAGUAUCUAAACCAAAGAUUAAAGCAACUGCAGCCAUUUAUAGAUGAAAUUGAUUCAUGGAAACCUGACUUUGACGAUCUACAGGUUGUUGGCUCAAACAAGCCAAACAUUACAUCUGUGAAUGCAGAUAUGGAUGGCGGUGAGGUUUUCAGUACAAGACCACACAGUUCCAAUGAGGAUGGGGAAAUAAGAUCAGAGUACAAAGACGUUGCAGAGAGUGAAUCUGAUGAAAGUGAAGAAUUACUUCAGAAGGACUCCUCUGUGCGAGAAAGAAAGGAUCCGGUUUUUGGACCAUCGCUUUUGAUUGAUAAACAGUCAGCAAGGUGGACAGGAGAUAAUGAGUCAAUGAAAGAUAAGGUUGCCUUUGAAACAAUCAUAAAUUUUGAAACCUUCAGCGAGGACAAGGUGACUUCCUUUCUUGAACUAAUUAAUGAUGGCACAACCACAAUUUAUUAUGAUUGGAAGAAAAUUAUCAAGGAGAAUCCAUUUGGAGUUGCACCGAACAUGACACCAAGAUUUUAUUUCAACAACAGUUGUG